AUGCACCGUGGAGGUCACAGGCUCACACCAAAAGCACUUGAUACAAUCUACAACCUGAGGCAUAUUAAAGUAACAAGCAUGGGUUCAACAGGUGAGACUCAGAUCACUCCGACCCAUGUGUCUGAUGAAGAGGCAAACCUGUUUGCCAUGCAACUUGCCAGUGCCUCUGUCCUCCCAAUGGUUCUCAAAUCAGCUCUUGAGCUUGAUCUGCUCGAAAUCAUUGCCAAAGCUGGCCCUGGAGCUCAUCUUUCUCCCUCUCAAAUUGUUUCUCAGCUCCCAACACACAACCCUGAUGCCCCUGUUAUGUUGGACCGCAUAUUACGCCUUUUGGCUUGCUACAAUAUCCUCUCUUUCACUCUUCGCACUCUCCCUGAUGGCAAGGUUGAGAGGCUCUAUGGUCUCGCCCCGGUUGCCAAAUACUUGGUGAAGAACGAAGAUGGUGUCUCCAUUGCUGCUCUCAACCUUAUGAACCAGGACAAAGUCCUCAUGGAAAGCUGGUACUAUUUGAAAGAUGCAGUUCUUGAAGGGGGCAUUCCAUUUAACAAGGCAUAUGGAAUGACAGCCUUUGAAUACCACGGAACAGAUCCAAGAUUUAACAAGGUUUUCAACAAGGGUAUGGCUGAUCACUCGACCAUCACAAUGAAGAAAAUUCUUGAGACCUACACAGGCUUUGAGGGUCUUAAAUCUCUGGUUGAUGUUGGGGGUGGAACUGGAGCAAUCAUAAACAUGAUAGUCUCAAAGUAUCCCACCAUUAGGGGUAUUAACUUUGAUUUAGCCCAUGUCAUCCAAGAUGCCCCAUCUUAUCCAGGAGUGGAGCAUGUCGGUGGAGACAUGUUUGUGAGUGUUCCAAAAGCUGACGCAAUUUUCAUGAAGUGGAUUUGUCACGAUUGGAGUGAUGAACACUGCUUGAAGUUUUUGAAGAACUGCUACGAGGCACUUCCAGACAAUGGGAAGGUGAUUGUGGCAGAAUGCAUUCUUCCAGUGGCUCCAGACUCUAGCUUGGCCACAAAGGGUGUGGUUCACAUCGAUGUGAUAAUGUUGGCUCAUAAUCCAGGUGGGAAAGAGAGAACAGAGAAAGAGUUUGAGGCUCUGGCCAAAGGGGCUGGAUUCCAAGGUUUCCGUGUCUUAUGUUGUGCUUUCAAUACCUACAUCAUGGAGUUUCUCAAGAAGGUUUAA